AUGCAGGCGUCGUCGCCUUCCACACCCACGCCUCUCCACCGGACAGUCCAUAAAGUCCCUUCGCGGCGAUCUCUCUUUCAGAGUCAGAAUCCCUCCUUUCACUCUUCAUCACAAAACAUCCUCAGGCCGAACUCGUAUCUGAGGCUAUUCAUUGGAGCCCUAGCUGUUGCAGCUUCGAAGACCUGGGUGUUGGAUGAUCCGCGGAGGUUGAGUGGAGGCACAGGAUGGUUGGUACUUGGUCUAUGGGCAGGGAGGAUCAUAGGUGAAUUGAAGGAUUUUGUCGGUGAUGCGAGACGGAGGAGCAAAGAGGGUAAUAGAUCGUCAUUAUACACUGUUCAGCUGAGCGUGAUUUUGGCUGUACAAUCUGUUGCGUUCUUCAUUUCCCUUCAACAAAUAGGUCCGCUGAGACUCACCAUCAUAGCAUAUCUGAGCUCAUGGAUCGAUUUCGAGAGUAUACUGGAUAUCAACAGUCUCGCACCUCUCCUACCUAUUUUUGUAUCUGCAGUGUACAUUAUCGGUCAAGCAGCGACGCAGAAUGUUAUCGCUCUUACUUCCACCAUCCUAUUUGCCGGUACUACCUUUUUAUCCGAACAUUACCUUUCAAAUCUUUCAUUCACCAGAAAUCGCAAUAGUGAUGAUAAAGAGAAACCAAGGAAUGAGAGAGGAUUAUGGUACUGCUUGGUAUCAACUGCAUCUGCAUCAUUGUUGAUCUUUGCAUUAUAUCAAAUGGGUGUCAUUCCAAUUCCUUUGCCUAUAUCUAACGUUCCAGGUCAAAGAUUCGCUUCUUUCAUCACUGGUCUGUUGGUCAGAUACAUACCAUUCCCCUUUACAUCGACCAAUGCUCCUGGUUCAACUCUCCGAUUGAGAACGAGCAGAGAUCAAUCGCUCUUCCUGUCCACUAUACCGGUACUCCAGUUCUUCGCCUUGAGCCCCGUACCGACAUAUACCGAUCUUCUGGUCCUCUUACCAUUAGCAAUGAUCGGUACGGCCAUGGUUGGCGGGAAGAAGAUAAGCAGGAAGAAUGGACCAUCACGUUGGGGAUUAUCCAACAAAUCACUAUCUACUGCUCGAUCAUCUUGGUCAUUCAUGUCUCUCCUUCCUGCGAGAUGGAGACCCCAUCUGCAGACGAUCUUGAAUACACCGACGUCCUCCAAGAUCUUCUAUUUUCUCCUACUCAAUUUGGCGUACAUGUUCGUGCAGAUGGUGUAUGGGGUAGCAACUAAUUCUCUAGGACUGAUAUCAGAUGCUAUACAUAUGGCUUUUGAUUGUUUGGGGUUAGCUGUGGGAUUAUGGGCAUCAGUAGCUGCUACUUGGAAACCCGAUGGAAGAUAUACGUUUGGUUAUUCUCGUGUGGAAACGUUGAGUGGAUUCGCAAACGGGUGUUUCCUGAUCCUUAUCUCCAUUUUCAUCAUUUUCGAGGGUAUACAAAGAGUCAUCGAUCCGCCUGAGAUGGAGACCCAGCAGCUCCUUCUCGUAUCGGGAGUUGGUCUAGCGAUCAACCUGUUCGGAAUGUGGGCGACGGGUGGACAUCAUCACCAUGGGCACGGGCACGGGCACGAUCACGGACAUGGUCACUCGCAUGUUCAUUCUCAUGUUCCAGUCAACAACAAGAAGGAAAAUCACAGACACGAUCAUGCUCAUGAUCAUCAUCGCUCAGAAUCACAGGGAACUUCCGCAUCAACGAGACAACAGAGAACGUUGGCAAAAAGAAGAUCUUCUGGGUUUUUGAAGGCACAUGCCCAAAAAGAUGCGCACAAGCAUGAUCAUUCGCAUGAGUCUCAUGAUCAUGAUCAUGGUGCUUGCAACGGGCAUGGCCAUGACCACGACCAUGGACAUGAUCAUCACGCUCAUGAGCACCAUUCACACGACGGUCACUCUCACAGCCACGAUCACGAUCCCGUCCACUCUCAUUCUCACGACCAUGAUCACGGCUCACACUCGCAUUCUCAUGAUGAUCACGGACACGGCCAUGAUCAUUCACAUUCCCAUAACAUGCGUGGGGUGUUCUUACAUGUUCUGGCAGAUACCCUAGGAAGUGUGGGAGUGAUCAUAUCGACGAUAUUGAUUAGAUAUACCGGAUGGACAGGUUUUGACCCUAUCGCAAGUUUGUUCAUCGCUGUUCUGAUCAUGGCCAGUGUGGUUCCGCUAGUGAUUGAUUCGGGCAAAGUGUUGUGUCUGGAUGUUGGUUCAGAGAAGGAGGAAGAGAUCAGAGGUGCUUUGUCAGAGUUAUCAUCGGUAGACGGAGUAGCCAAUUAUGCCUCGCCCCGUUUCUGGCCGCGAUGCGAGGGAGAACUGAUCGGAUCGAUCCAUAUACAACUUUCCAUCUCACCCUCUUCGGUCGAUCCUACCAAAUUCCAUACUCCGUACUUGUCAUCCAAAUCGAAGAUGGGAGGGAAUGGGGGAGAUGCGAUAUAUGUGAAUUCGGAAAAGGUUAUCAAUCGAGUUGAGAAAGUCCUAAAGAGACGGAUAAGAGGUUUAACAGAAUUGGUGGUUCAAAUUGAGGGGAGUGAAGAGAAAGGGUACUGUAGUUGUAUGACUGGAGGGAGGUGA